AUGAAACAAAGUCUGCCGUAUCAGAUUGACUUCUUUUGGGAACUGUUGUCUUUUUGGAUGCUGUGCACAGUCCUUGCCAACAAAUGUGCUGUUAGACAGGAAGUAGCUGACUGCAGUCAUCUGAAAUUGACUCAGAUACCAGAGGACCUCCCGACAAACAUAACAGUGUUGAACCUUACCCACAAUCAACUCAGAAGGUUACCAGCUGCUAAUUUUACAAGAUAUAGUCAGCUAAUUAUCCUGGAUGGGGGCUUCAACAGCAUCUCAAAAUUGGAGCCAGAAUUGUGCCAAAAACUCCCCUUGUUAAGGGUAUUGAACCUCCAACACAAUGAACUCUCCCAUCUUUCUGACAAAACCUUCAUCUUCUGUACGGGAUUGAUCGAACUCCAUUUAAUGUCUAAUUCAAUCCAAAGGAUUGAAAAUAAUCCCUUUAAAAACCUAAAGAAUUUAAAUAAAUUAGAUCUCGCUCACAAUGGCUUAUCAUCGACAAAAUUAGGAACUGAGCUCCAACUGGAAAAUCUCCAAGAACUUUUAUUGUCAAAAAAUAGAAUUUAUGCCUUAAGACGUGAAGAACUUGAUUUCCUUGGCAAUUCUUCUUUAAAAAAAUUAGAUUUGUCAUCCAAUCAAAUCAAAGAGUUCUCUCCAGGGUGUUUUCACGCAAUCGGAAAAUUAUUUGGCCUCUUUCUGAACAAUGCCCAGCUGGGCGCCAGUCUCGUGGAGAAUCUUUGUUUGGAGUUAUCAAACACAAGUCUUCAGAGACUCUCCCUGAGCAACGCCCAGCUCUACAGAACCAGCAACAGGACAUUUUUUGGAUUAAAGCACACAAAUCUCACCAUGCUUGAUCUUUCCUAUAAUGGUUUGAAUACCAUCGCCAAUGAUUCCUUUGCCUUUCUUCCACAUUUGGAAUAUCUCAACCUAGAGUAUAACAAUAUAGAGAAUUUGUCUUCCCAUUCCUUUUAUGGGUUGUUCAAUGUAAAAUACCUGAAUUUAAGACGAUCUUUUGCUAAGCAAAGACCUUCCCUUGCUUCAUUUCCCAAAAUUGAUGAUUUUUCCUUCCAGUGGCUAAAAUGUUUGGAGUAUCUUAACAUGGAAGAUAAUGACUUUUCAGGAAUAAAAAGCAAUAUGUUCACGGGACUGAUAAGUCUGAAACAAUUAAAUCUUUCUAAUGCCUUUGCAAGUUUGCGAACUUUAACAAAUGAAACAUUUUUAUCACUUGCUCACUCACCUUUACUCUUACUUAACCUUACCAGAAAUAAAAUUUCAAAAAUAGAGAAUGGUUCCUUUUCUUGGUUGGGCCACCUAGAAGUACUUGACCUUGGCCUUAAUGAAAUAGGGCAGGAAUUAACAGGCCAGGAGUGGAAAGGUCUAGAAAAUAUUGUUGAAAUCUACCUUUCCUAUAACAAAUACCUACAACUGACAAGUAACUCCUUCUCAUUGGUUCCAAGCCUCCAAAGGCUGAUGCUCAGAAGGGUAGCCUGUAAAAAUGUGGAUAUCUCUCCCUCUCCUUUCCACCCUCUUCAUAACUUGACCAUUCUGGAUCUCAGUAACAACAAUAUAGCCAAUGUAAAUGAUGACCUGUUGGAGGGACUUCACAAACUAGAAAUUCUGGAUUUGCAGCACAACAACCUAGCAAGACUCUGGAAGCACGCAAACCCCGGGGGUCCUGUUUAUUUCUUGAAAGGUCUUUCUCACCUCCACAUACUCAACCUAGAGUCUAAUGGCCUUGAUGAGAUCCCAGUGGAGGUUUUCAAGGACUUGUCUGAAUUAAAGAGAAUUUAUUUAGGACUAAAUAAUUUAAACAUACUUCCACCAUCUAUCUUUGACAAUCAGAUCUCUCUGAAGUCGUUGAACCUUCAGAAGAAUCUUAUAACAUCAGUUGAGAAGGAUGUUUUUGGACCACCCUUCAAGAACCUGACUAAUUUGGAUAUGAGUUUUAAUCCAUUUGAUUGUACGUGUGAGAGUAUUUCCUGGUUUGUUAAUUGGAUUAAUGGGACUAAUGCCACCAUAUCUGGGUUACGAGAUCACUAUCUUUGCAACACUCCACCUCAAUAUCAUGGUUUACCAGUGACAGUUUUUGAUACAUCAGCCUGCAAAGACAGUGCCCCUUUUCAACUCCUGUUCAUAAUAAAUACCACCAUGCUAUUGACUUUUAUCUUCAUGGUGCUGCUCAUUCAUUUUGAAGGCUGGAGGAUAUCGUUUUAUUGGAAUGUCUCAGUACACCGAAUUCUUGGUUUCAAAGAGGUAGACAGACAGCCAGAGCAGUUUGAAUAUGCAGCAUAUGUAAUUCACGCCCAUAAGGAUAGAGACUGGGUCUGGCAACACUUCUACCCAAUGGAAGAAGAGGAUCAAUCCCUCAGAUUUUGUCUGGAAGAAAGAGAUUUUGAGGCAGGUGUCCUUGAACUUGAAGCAAUUGUCAACAGCAUUCAAAGAAGCAGAAAAAUUAUUUUUGUUAUAACACAGCACCUACUAAAAGACCCAUUAUGCAAAAGAUUCAAAGUACAUCAUGCAGUUCAGCAAGCUAUUGAACAAAAUCUGGAUUCCAUUAUUUUGAUCUUUCUGGAGGAGAUUCCAGAUUAUAAACUGAACCACGCACUCUGUUUGCGAAGAGGAAUGUUCAAAUCUCGCUGCAUCUUGAACUGGCCUGUUCAAAAAGAACGGAUCAGUGCUUUUCACCAUAAGUUGCAAGUUGCUCUUGGAUCUCGAAAUUAAGCACAUUAA